CUACACAAGCAAUCGCAAAAGAAAUGUGGGUAACUGAACAAUAAAUUGACGUUACACCUAUUAGGUACCGCCUAUAGUAAAUAACCGCUGAUGUAUAACGCGUUUGUACAAAAUACAGUAUAAUUUUGUGUCCGGUUUGUAAUUACAAUGGAUUGCACAGUAUUCGGCAGAAAAAAUGUUAACACUAGGAACCGCGUGGACAGGUUUGUGCUGCCGCGCGAAUACGUCAAUGAAAUGCGGAGACGUUCGUGGCCGCCUGGCUGUGACUCGGGUCCGCUGGACCUCAACUAUUCGGUAAAGUCAAAGAUUGGAGAAAAACUGAAGCAUAAAAGAUACGCAAACUAUUUGGACAAAGCGCUCGGCGUACACCGGGAUCCCUGCACACCACUGAGGCAACUAUGGCCUUGCAUACCCAGGAAGAAGAGUUUCUUAUCUUCAGCGGACAGCAUACUAGACUUGCCCAAGUACAGCGACGCUAUCUUUCCAGAACUCUUAGACUGGAGCAAAGACAAUAUUCUGGUGGCGGCUCUAGGCAGCAAUUAUCACAAGCUGAGCUGCAGCAGCCAAACGAUCGUCAGUCAAGUGUUCACGCGCUACGAGAUCCAGUGCUGCAAGUUUGAUCCUCGCGGAGAACUGCUACUUCUCGGCACGCACAUGGGAAGAGUGGAAAUUCACAACAACGCUCGUAACAAAAGAGAAACUGAGGCUAAGUGUCAAUGUGUGAGACAACGGGUGCUCAAUGCGAGCAAAGCCGAAUUCGAAAUCCAUUAUUGCUCCGUGACCGCUGUCGACUGGAGUCCCACUGGCAAUUCUUUCGUCACGGGCUGUUCGUUCGGCGUGGUGAUGUCACUAACUCGUGCCGCAGAGGUCGUCAGCUGCCGCCGCGUCUUGCGCGACCCCAUAUGCCUAGCGCGCGUGUCCCCGGACGCCCGCUACGCCGCCGUUACCGCCGUCAACUCCGCCGUGGUGCUUUUGCUGACGUGGCCCGCGCUGGACAUAUCCUCUACAAUGAACUCUGACUGUAUGAUAAAGACAAUCACCUGGCACCCUUGGCGCAGCGCACUGCUGGGCGUGGGCGCGGUGACGUCAGAGCUGCAGGCGCGCGUGGUGGUGUGGAACGCGCCCACCAACGAGGUUCAGGAGCGGAAGCUGGCGCCCAAGCCCUUUAGCCUGGACGCGAUGCUGUUCAGCGACCGCACAGGGGAACUCGUCGCUAGUUUAUGGAAUUCAGAAAACGCAUUAUUUUACCCGAAGAUAUGUUCCCAGUUGGUUGUGUUAAGCAACCCUGAGACCGUGGUGGACCAGUGGGGCGAGGGGCCCAGCUGGCCGGACCGGGUACGGACUAUGGUGUUCAAUCCUGAUGGGACUAAGCUCGCUACAGCGACUUCGGAUGAGGAUUUGAUUAUCUGGAAUUUUCUCCCAGAAGACAAGGUGAAGAAGAACCCGAAACGCAAAAGAUUCUCUGCACUACCGGUAUACCAAGAUCAGGCAACGCAUGGGUUUUCUAUUCGAUGAGUGUACGGCUAACUGAGUUUAGAAGUCACUGGAUGUUCUUCUUUACAUUUAGGUAUAUGGUUGCGAUUAAACUUUCUAUUUAUAUAUUU